AGUAAUACUCUAUGGCCAAAAUUUUUCAGCUUGUGCUUUGCUUCAUAUCAUCUCCAACAUGGCAAUCAUGAUUGUCAUGCAGAACAGCUUUACAAGCUGAUUCAUUACAUUCAAUGCUACUGUGCCUUUUCCUUGUCUUCUUUUUUUUCAAGGAAAUUGCUUCUUAGUACUAUGACUUUAUCUAUAAUCAUAUGUUUACAUGUGUUCUCUUAUGUUUAUUGAUCACUUCAAUUGGACUCUAUCAUCUAGGUACCCAUCAUACUGUCGACCAAAUAUAUGGCCUUCCAUUUCUUUGCCUGAGCUUGAACAAGGUUAAUGAGGAAGCAAGUGAUAAAGUUUUGGAGGUGGAACGGAAAUAUAAUGAGAUUCGAAGACCUGUCUACAUUAAACGGAAUGAGAUCAUCCAAUCCAUUCCAGACUUUUGGUUAACUGCGUUCCUGAGUCAUCCUGCUCUUAGCAAUCUUCUGACAGAGGAAGACCAAAAGAUUUUCAAGUAUUUGGUUUCAUUGGACGUUGAAGAUUGUCAAGAUUUGAAGUCAGGCUACUCCAUUAUAUUUAACUUCUCUCCUAACCCAUAUUUUGAAGACACAAAGCUUGUGAAGACUUAUUCCUUCACUGAGGAAGGAGUGGCUAAUAUAACCGGUACGACUAUCAAGUGGAAGGAGGGUAUGGAGAUUGCCAAUGGUAAUGGUCAUGAGAAGAAGGGAAGCAAGCGACCUUUUACUGAGGAAAGGUUCCUGAUACUUCAUCUGCGCGUAGAAAUGGUGACCCCAUUGAUCCCUGAAGCUUUUAUUUUGGAGUUUUAUAUGUAUUUUUUUAUGCUUUUCGAAGUACAUUGCAAAUGUAAAUUGACAGUAUGAAUGUAAUUUGACAAUAUGAAUGUUUUGAUAAAUAUGUUUGAUUGUGCUA